AUGCAGACGACAAGGUUGAGGCCGCUCUUCCAGUUGGCGUCUCUUAAUAAAGAAGUUAUAAGGACCGUUGCUGUCGCCAGCGCAGCAACCAAAACAGAAAACUUGAAAUCAUGGAACGAGAUCCCAGGACCACCGUCAUUGCCGAUUAUUGGGCAGAUACAUCAUUUUUUUCCCGGAGGAACAUUGGGUAACAUACAAGAUCCAGAAACUAUAAUGAGACUCUUCGAUAAGUAUGGACCAAUGAUAAGGCUGGACAGCAUACUUGGGAAACCACCUCUGCUCUUCCUAAGCGAUCCUGACAGUGCGGAACUUAUUUUACGAAGUGAAAACUGGUUGCCGUACCGGCCCGGGUUUCAGUCACUUGAGUAUUAUAGAAACGACUACAAAAGAGAGAAAGGACAAAAAGUCCAAGCAACAGGACUUAUAUCUGAUCACGGCGAAGUUUGGAAAGAGUUCAGGUCAACAGUCAAUCCAGUAAUGUUGCAGCCAAAGACGAUCAAACUGUACUCAAAUGUGCUUGAUGAAGUGGCCCAGGAUAUGAUAGUCAGAAUGAAAGCCAACCGUAAUGAAAAGAACAUGCUUAAAAAUGAUUUUGAUAAAGAAAUGAAUUUAUGGGCUCUAGAGUCUAUUGGUACGGUAGCUCUCGGCUGCCGACUGAACUGCUUCGAUCCGAACCUACCCGCUGAUUCUCCAGAGUGGCAACUGAUCCAAUGCGUCCACGAUCUAUUUGCUACAGCCAACGAACUCGACUUCAAACCAAGUCUCUGGAGAUAUUACUCAACGCCAACUUUCAAAAAAGCCAUGAAACUGUACGAACAUCAUGAAAAUUUAACAAAAUAUUUUAUAAAGAAAGGUAAAGAACAAUUGAAGACGAAGCCCGAUAACGAAAAAGGGGUUUUAGAGAAACUGUUAGAAAUCAAUGAGAACGUGGCUCAUAUUAUGGCCAGUGACAUGUUAUUCGCUGGUGUUGAUACGGCUGCAAACACUGUAACAGCAACAUUGUACCUUCUGGCUAAGAAUCCGGAAAAACAAGAAAAACUAAGAGAAGAAAUAAUGUCCGAUGCAGAGAAGAAACCUUACCUCAGGGCUUGCAUCAAGGAGUCGCUCAGAUUAAUGCCCGUGGUAUCAGGGAACGCUAGGAGGACCACAAAGGAAUACAACAUAAUGGGAUACAAAGUUCCUAUAGGUGUAGACGUGAUCUUAGCACAUCGAGAAAUGUCCAUUAUGGAGAAGUACUAUCCGAAAGCCAACGAGUACAUUCCAGAGAGGUGGCUGACCAAUAAAGAUGAUCCGCUGCACUACGGCAAUGCCCAUCCAUUUGCCUAUGGACCCUUCGGUUUUGGAGCGCGGAGCUGCAUUGGUCGUCGCAUAGCUGAAUUGGAAAUGGACACAUUUGUGACGAGAUUAAUAGAAAACUUCCAUGUCGAAUGGUUCGGACCACCGCCAACAGUUGUGCAAGAAGCCCUUAACUAUAUUAAAGGUCCCUACAACUUCGUAUUUAAAGACAUUAAAUAAAUGUAAAGUAAAUUAUUGUCGAAUUUUAAU